GGAAAUCUGAAUUCAAAUUACACACUCUGUUUGUUGAGAAGAAGAAAAGAAAGAGACGAUGGGUGAGAAGGGAAAGAAUGAGGUGAUUGAGCUUGAUCAUUUCUUCCAUAAACAUCCACUCAUUUUGACGGAAAGAAGUGGCAGUGGAUACGACAGAUGUUAUGGCUGCCGGAGGUACAUCUUCUCCGGAGAGACGAUCUACAGAUGCCGCGACUGCAGCAGCCCAACAUUACACGAAGAAUGCGCAGAAAUGCCGCGAGAGAUCACGCUCUCCUUGCACCCUCAACACACCCUCGUCCAAAAAGAAGUGUCCUACGUACCCACAUGUGCAGUCUGCGAAGAAGGUGUAUUUAGGAUUGGGUACUACUGCAGUAGCUCAUGCAAGUUCCAGAUCCACGUCGGGUGCGCACAGAGCAUGGAUGUGAGGGGUGCAGUUGAGCGCAGCUGCACCCCACACCCCAGCCACCCGCAGCAUGAGCUCAUGCUGCUGUGGAGGCCGGGCCGGGCUGCCUCCUUGAGGUGCGAUGCUUGCAGCGCCAUACACCGAGGGAACUCUUAUCUGUGCACCGUUUGUCAAUACUCUAUCAACGAGAGCUGCGCCGCCUUGCCUGCCACCCUCGACCACCGCCUCCACGGCCACCCGCUCUCCCUUGCUUAUCGUCUCCCACUAGAAUAUAUCAAGUGGAAUUUCAAGUGUGACAUCUGUUACAAGGACUUGCUCCCUAAAUAUUGGGUCUAUCAUUGUGAGAUUUGCAGAUACGUUGCCCAUAUCAACUGCGCCAUCAAACCAUCUCUCGUCAUCACGAGCAAUAUUGAUGUGGAUGUAGUUGAUGGAGAUGUCAUUGCGUUUCCCAUAAAUGACGCGGUGAAAGAGCUCAUUGGACGUUUUGUUACGAAAUUAGGAGUAACGGCCAUGUCUCAUGAUAAUGAGAUCGUCAAAGGCAAAUACAAACUCCAUAAUCCCGACCAUCAGUUUCGUUUAAUCUCGUCAUCACGGCAUGAAGAAGAAGAAGAAGAAGAAGAAGAAGAAGAAGAAGAAGAAGAAGAAGAAGAAGAAGAAGAAGAAGAAGAUGAUGAAGAUGACGAUGAUGAUCUUAACUAUGGCUUAAAAUCAACAUUAGUAUGUGAGGGGUGCACCGGACCAAUUUUAGAGAAGAAACGGAAAUCUGGCUCAUCGUCAAAUAAAUACAUAAGUUGUGGCGAAUGUAAAUACUCUCUCCACUUACCUUGCUUCCAAUUUCCAACCGAGCUUCCCUCUCAUCCACUCCACCAACCAGCUGAUCACAUUCUAACCCUUCAAACCUGCCCCAAACUCGACUUUGUUUACUGCAGCAUCUGUCGUUUCUAUACGAAUGGGCUCUUCUAUGAGUGCAAAAUGUGCUACUUCAAAGUAGAUAUAAAGUGCAUUUCUCUGCCCGACACCAUAAAACACGCAGCUCACCCACACCAUCAUCUCAAGCUGCUCACUAAAGAGAUAACAAGCGAGAGAAGCUUCUGGCGGCGGGCGUGCAACGCAUGUGGUUAUGAUACAUUUGCCGACAUCUGCUACAGAUGUGAAGGCUGCCAAAUCAUAUUGCAUUCUGCGUGUGCGCUGCUGCCUGCACAAGUGAGUAAUCCUAGAUGGGAUAAGCACCCGCUGCCGCUGACGUUCGAUGCUAGCGCCAACCAUCCCAGUAGCUUCUACUGUGAAGUCUGCGAAGAAGAGAUGAAUCCCAAGAGGUUGAUGUAUCACUGCCGAAUCUGCGAUGUUUCCAUCCAUCCCAAGUGCUUGCCGACAGCAUCAGGCCAGUAUCGGAACAUCAAGUUUGGGCAGCUGUAUGAUGUACCCGCACAUCACCACCACCCUCUCGCCUAUCAACUUCUAACCAAGAAGCUGCGCUGCGACGUCUGCCGCCAAAGGAAGGAUUAUGGUACACGUGGAUUUCAGUGUGCUUCACACAAAUGUGACUUCUUCAUGUGUUUAGUCCCGUGUGGUAGAAAUGAGGAAGAUGCCAUGCGCAUGCAUGCCCAUUCAUUCAGGAAAUCUCAGAUGUAGACUAUUCCAUAUCUCCACCGCUUGUAAUAAAGAAUCACCUCGAGCAUUGAAAUACUUUUUAGGUGCACAGUGGCUGUUUU